UCUCACUCUUUGCCAACUGAAGUUCGCCGGAGAAUGAGCCAUCGGCCUGAAUGCCGCCGCCUCUGCCGCCGCCUCAGUGAAACUCUUCAUCCUUUCUCCGACCUCGCCUCCGAUUCUGUAACUGAAGAAAUCGAAAAAAACCUUCUAAUCGCUCUCUCUCAGGUUUUCAGAGAAGUUAAACGGUGGACACAUCAAUUAGAUUCCAACGAGCAGGAACUGUUAGCAGAGCCUGCAAAUGACAGCCAAUGUUUGGUUGCCACAAAUUCGAAUUCGAACGAUCAUCGUUGUUUGGAUAAUAUCAUCGGUGACCUGAUGCGUUUGCUUGCUCUCAAUAGUCGAUAUAGUCAGCACUUAGCUGGGAAUAUACUCGUUGCAGUUUCCGAGUUUUUGCUUACAUCAGAUAGCGGUUGGGAUGAUUUUAUGCAUUUGUUGUGCGUCUCCUUGGAAAUCGCAAUUUGUAACAGUCUUAGAUAUUUGGAAGUCAGAUAUUUAGAUUACGAUUCAUCCACUUCCGAAUCUUUACUGAAGACGAAACUGAAAAGUGCGAAUUGGUCUGUGGUAGCUGCUAUUUUUCGAGUUUUACGCAAUAUACAGAAAUAUUUAAAGCAAGAAUGCGACGACAAAACCAUGAUACCGUACCUAGAUUCUGUGAGCUCUUUGAUGAAUUUACCCUGGGAUGUAUUGAGAGAUAUCUACUUUGGUCACAGUACCGAAGCUCUUAAAGGAAAUGAUGAUUUACGAAAAGCAGAACAGAGAGAAAUAACAAUGUUUUUUGGAAACCUCGUUCAGUUUCUUUCUUCUUCGUUCGAACAUAGCAUUGUUCUUGAAGAUAGAGUUGGUUACUCACCAUUUAUUUGCAGAAUCAUUAACCUUGUUACUAAACUGACAGCCUUCUGCCACAUCAAACUUCAGAGUCCUGAGCAUGUCCGAAUCUCUAAUUAUUUCAGACAUAAAGUGCUGAUGCUAAUGGUGAAACUUUGCUCUAAUAUCAACAUUGAAAAAACGAUGCCCGUGACAUUUAUACAUCUAAUCCACAAGUACUUUGAAGAUUUAUUAUCGCAGCCUAUAUGUGGAGUAAAACUUGAUCGGGCUGGUUUUAUGGAAGGCUCGCCGUUCUGCACAAGCAUUUCCGAUCCCGAAAAACAAACCAUGUUGCAUUCCCAUUUGCAAAGGCUGGCCAUUUUUCUUUUCUUGAAAUGUUCCCUAAGUUUUGCCAGUAUGAAGAAAGAAAGUCCUGAUGAAGCACAAAUUACGCACAAUUCCGAAAACUGCAGUACAAGUACAGGUUUUAUAAAGCUACACGAGUGGCUAAAAGUUCAUUUUCUUGCUGAUAUUUUGGCGAACGAUGAACCAUAUUUUGAGCGGUGCGUCAGAUUUUCCUUAUCCUUCCUCCAGCUAUUUAUGCACGAGGACGAUAUCCUGUUUGAAAUGCUCUUGCAACUCUUUCAUGUACCAUUUUAUCCAGAUCGUCAGAUUAUUAAAAACGAGUCUCUUGCUAAAGUGGAGAAUAAUCUAGUCUUUCUUGCUUCUGACUUGUUUAAUCCAGUACACCUAUUUCAUUUAUUUCUUUCUGAGAUACUCUACGAUCAUCAAGUUCUUCUCGAUUAUCUUAUCUCAAAAGACACUGGAUCAAGCUGUGCUGAAUACCUUUUGAGAUCACUGAGGAUUAUUUGCAAUUCAUGGAGUUUAUUUGUUGAAUUUCCGGGAUCGGAGCAAGGUUUAGGUCAACUAUGCCCUAAGAGAACAUCCUUUAUGGCUGCUAUGGAUUGUUUAAUUUCAUUGAGAACAUCCAUAAACAGUCUCAACAAAAAGAAUUUAUUUCCAUAUAAUCCACAGGUUCUUCUGCGGCGGUUGGUGAGAUUUGAGGAGCUCUGCAUUUUAGCAAUGAAUUAAAUAAAAAAUUGGAGACGAC